AUGGAUCCCCACCAGGACCCCCAGCAUGGACCAUGGAGGUGGAGCUCUACCAGGAGCCCCAGCAUGGACCCCCCCAGCAUGGACCCCCCCAUGGACCCCCAUCAUGGACCCCCCCACCAUGGACCCCCCCCUACCAUGGAACCCCACCAGGACCCCCAGCAUGGACCAUGGAGGUGGAGCUCUACCAGGAGCCCCAGCAUGGACCCCCCCAGCAUGGACCCCCCCAGCAUGGACCCCCACCAUGGACCCCCAUCAUGGACCCCCCCCUACCAUGGACCCCCACCAGGACCCCCAGCAUGGACCAUGGAGGUGGAGCUCUACCAGGAGCCCCAGCAUGGACCCCCCCGCCAUGGACCUCCAUCAUGGACCCCCAUCAUGGACCCCCCCCACCAUGGACCAUGGAGGUGGAGCUCUACCAGGACCCCCAGCAUGGACCCCCCCACCAUGGACCCCCAUCAUGGACCCCCCCGCCAUGGACCCCCCCCACCAUGGACCAUGGAGGUGGAGCUCUACCAGGACCCCCAGCAUGGACCCCCCCACCAUGGACCCCCCCCUACCAUGGAACCCCACCAGGACCCCCAGCAUGGACCAUGGAGGUGGAGCUCUACCAGGAGCCCCAGCAUGGACCCCCCCCGCCAUGGACCCCCCCCCAUGGACCCCCCCCCACCAUGGACCAUGGAGGUGGAGCUCUACCAGGACCCCCAUCAUGGACCCCCCCCGCCAUGGACCCCCCCCCCAGCACGGACCAUGGAGGUGGAGCUCUACCAGGACCCCCAGCAUGGACCCCCCCCGCCCCCAUCACGGACCACGGACAUGGAGGUCCACCAGGACCCCCCCCGUGGCCCCCCCACCAUGGACCUCCACCAGGACCCCCCCCAUGGACCCCCCAUGGACCCCCCGCAGGACCCAAUGCAGCCCCCAAAAUGGACCCCCAAACCCAACCCCCAACACAGACACCCCCCCCAGCCCCACUGA